AUGGGUUAAAUUCUUCCUAACGAUAAAAGGAGAUAAGUCAAAGGAGGUAUUUAAAUUUAAUUGAAUAAACUAUCUUUUGUGAGCAAUGAAGUUAUUUAAGGCUUGCUUUAUAUUAAUAUUGAGGAGCCUUUUUAAGGGCGCUUUCUUUAAAUCAAUCUUUAAGGCUAUGAAGAUGUUCAUUACACAUAUACCUAAGGGAGCGAUGAAAGUGAAAGAAUCAUUUAUGCAAAAGCUAUGAAUAGUUUUUUAAAUUAUAGUAUGCCUAUUUAUGAUUUCUCUUAAGGGACUGCUAAUUAAGCCUUUGUAAUACAACCUUGCUAGUUAUUAAUACCAUUUUAGCUUGUGAUCGCAUAGUAAUUACCUUCUUCAAUCUAAUAUUUUGAAAAUGAACAUAAUAAAUGCAGUCUGAAAUAUUUAUUAACUGCUUAAAUUCUCUCCACAGAACCUAAUGUAAAGCCAAUUAGUGGAAGCUAAGAGAUAUUUAUAGGUUAAAUAAGAUUAAUUUAAAAUUUACCUAAUUUCACUAAUUCAAAAUAGUCACCUACUAUUUGCUGCUGCUUUAAAUCAGGUGAAAUAAAUUAUAGUAUGUCUUUGAACAGCAGAUGCUUUAUCCCUAACGAGAUUAUAAACAUAAAAAUCAAUGCAGAUCUUGGUUAAAAUGGAAAUAAAGUAAAAAAUUUCAGUAUCAAGAUAAUUGGUUUGCUUGAGAUGAAGGCAUGUCGUCGUUAUAGAGACUAAGUAGUUACCUAAUUUGAAAAAAGCACUACAUUUAAAAUAAAUAGCAAGCAGGUUUCUUAAGAAAUCUAAUUACAAAUACCUAGUAAUGUUUUAUUAAGUUCUUAAGGUUAACUAAUUUAAAUGAACUAUUACUUAUAAAUUAUACCUGAUGUUAAUUCUUGUUGCUGUGUAACAAAUGAAUCUCCUCAUGAAAUGCUAAUUUAUAUAAAUCCUAAUUCAAACGAGCUUUAGCCAUUUAAAGGCCUACAAUAAUAGUUACCCUAUCCUAUCCCUUAAAAUUGGCAUCCAAUUUAAUUGCAAUAAGCUUAGUUUAAUCCUAUGCAAUUCAAUCAAAUAUAAUAGUUACACUUGUAAAAUGUAGCUUAUGAAUAAAAAUUAUUUGAUAAUUACAUAGCUAUAGAACCAGCAAAAAGGAAAGUUGACUAUUAACAAGAAAUGUGCAAUAUUUAACAUCAAAAUAUAAAUGAACUGCAAAAAAAUUACUAAUAACCUGCUUUUUGUUGCCAAAGCUAAAUCUAAUUUAAUGUUGGUUCUGGUUAGCAAUAAAAAAUUUACCCAACUUAAAAUUAAAACUAGUAAAAUAAUUAGUUCUUAGGAUAAGAUAGUCUUCUAAGCCAACCUGUAAUGAAAGAUCAAAAUAAAACUUAUCUUUGA